AUGGGGAAAUAUGCAUCGGAUGGACUCCUUCCCUCUCAUGCCAUGAAUAUUCCAACGCCGACGGCAACGGGAAUAACCGAGGUCGAUGUUUACGCAUUAGGAAAUUACAAUUUCGGAAUGAAAGAAGAGAUGCUCGACCAGGACGGAAUGAAUGACGACAGAUUCGAACGACUCAAGGAAGAAUACGCAGCCACUGGAACCCGACGAACAGUCCAGGCUGUUAUUGUUGUGGAAGAGCACGGUCUCCCACACUUUCUCCUUCUUCAGCAAAAUCCCAAUUUCUUCAAGCUCCCUGGGGGACAAUUACUGCCACAUGAAGACGAAAUCGCUGGACUCAAACGAAUACUAACGCAGACUCUCAGUGUGCCCGGAAAUAUUAAGCAUGACUGGGAGAUCGAACCGACGGCUGUUGCAACUUGGUGGAGGCCUACGUUUUCUAAUAACAUGUUUCCAUAUAUGCCCGCUCAUGUCAAGCACGCCAAGGAACGAAGGCAAAUCUUCCUUGUACGCCUCCCUCAAGGUGGCCAACAAUUCGCUAUUCCACGAAACUUCAAACUAGUGGCCGCCCCAAUAUUUGAAGUUCACAACAACCCCGAUGGUUACGGUCCCAUCAUCUCUUCACUGCCUACUCAACUGAGUCGUUUUAGUUUCACGAUAAGAAGCAAAUGA